AUGGCUCAAGCGCGCCGUUCAGCCCCGAAGGCGCGGACGCGUACCUUUACAGGCUGCUUGACGUGUCGGACGCGCAAAGUGAAAUGUGAUUUACAUCGUCCAAGCUGCAACAACUGCAUCCGGCUGAGUCUGCAAUGUCGGGGUUAUCAAGUCCAGCUCCAGUGGCUGCCCGUCUGGGAUCCGGAACAGCCUGACUCGACGUCGCCAGGCAACUCGACGACCGAGGGAGCAGCAGCGGGGGGAGAAGGGCGCCGCACUCGAACAGAGAUCUUUGAUGCCCAUUCGAGGUCUCGCUUCUCCGAAGACUUGGUUCGGCAUCUCUCAACCGGCCAGAACCCACAACAGCACCUCGACCAAGUCCUCGACCGCCUCGAUGAACAGGUCAAGGAGUCCAAGCACUCGCGGGUCGAUAAGAAAGGCUGGCAAAUCUCCAAGGGCCCGUUUUCUGUCUUGCAACUCGUCCCCGCCCUCGUCCCCGUCUCCGUCGCUGAAAAUGUCGAGGCUCUAGAGCAGUCGGAGAUGACCAUUCAACUGCCAGAGUCCAUGUCUUCUCUCGACGGCGAUCGCGAAGCGGCGACAGCAUGUCUGGACGGCAUUGACUGGUCAUUGUCCGUGGCGGACAACGGUGUUGGGUCUCAAGCACUAUUUGCCGAAACCCCUGCUGGAGCAAGUUACAAUUAUUCUUUCACCAACGCCGCCUACACGCCGCUGAUUGAAGGUAAGGAAGGAUCUUCCUAUCAGGUUGUUGAACUCGUGCCCGUGGCUCAAAUGCAGCAAACAGGUACAAAUAUACCGGGCACCAGCACACCCUUUCAAGAUGACAUCCAGCUUUCUCAACCACGAUUUACGGGCAUCGCGACAUAUGGACACCCUGCUGCCUCGUCCCUGUCCAAUGGAUCGCCCUACGUGCCCUCGAAUGUCCGAUUCCUGCUAUCUCACUACAUGAACCAUGUCAUAUCCUCUCUUUCUGGGCUACCGCACAACGAAGCCCCCUGGAAGAGUAUCCACGUGCCCUACGCCAUGACCGCGUAUGGAGAACUGGAUAUCAUGGGCCAGUCGGGCUUCGCCAGGGUGUCGCUCCUGUACAGUCUCCUGUCGUUGACCUGCUACCACCUCGCGACUCUCUACAAGCCUGCCGCCACCGUGAGCGGCACGGACACGACGCAGCUCCUGUCGACCGACGACCAGGCGACGAACUUGCAAUACUGGAACUCGCAAGGCCUCAAGUUUCGGGAGAUUGCGCGGACCGCCUUUCGCAAAUGUUUGCAAGCAAUGUCCACCGAGCAACCAGAACAGAUCAAAUACAAAGAGCUCUUUGUGAGCGCCAUGAACCUGAUCUGUACCGGGAUCGUCAGUGGUGAUCCGUGGGACUCGCGACUUUUCAUCCUCCAAUGCGAAGAGAUUGUCAACAAGAUCGGUCGGAAGAAGGAGGCCUUUUCCAAGAAAGCACUACAACUACAUCGAAUAUUCGCCUACAUCAGGGUGAUUGAAAAGACCACCUUCGUCCAGACGCGGGACCAGUACCUCGUCACGCUAGGCAAGAAGCCCAUGCUCGCCAACGAGGUCGAGCUCGUCAAGAAGAUCCCCGAGGACAGUUUCCCUUACUCGACGACCCUCGCCUCCAACUACGAGACGUGGUCGGACCUGGGACUGAGCGGGCCCGAGGAGGAAUCCUUCAACGACUUCUACGGCAUGCCGGCGUCGAUCCUGAAGCUGAUCGCCCGGACGAACAACAUGGUCGCCCAGGUCGACCCGCCGCAGCACCACGGCACGUCGCAGCCUUACAUGCCUGCGAGCCUGGUCGACGCGGCCGCGGCCCUGGAGCGAGACAUCUGCAACUGGGAGACACCACAACGGCCCGCUGAGAGCGGCGGCGACAACAACAGCAACAACAGCAACCCGUUUGACCUGCUGAGCUGCAGCUCUGCCGAGAGCAUGCCGGACCCUUCGCAGACGAUGAAAUCCAACAUUGCGACGGCCAUGCACCACGCACUGAUGGUCUACUUCUUCCGGUUCGUGCGCGGCACCAACCCCAUCAUCCUGCAGCACUAUGUCGAGAGCAUCCUCAGCAACCUCGAAAUGCACCACGAGAGCAAGCAGUGCUUCUUCCCCGGCGUGCGGCUGGGCGUCACCGUAUGGCCCAGCUUCAUCGCCGCGUGUGAGGCGCUGGGCGACAGUCUCCGACGCCGAGCCAUCCUCUGCAUGAGGCACGCGGCGUGGGCCGGGUUCCAGAACGCCGAGGCUGCAGAGAUGGUGGCGAAGGAAGUGUGGCGGCGACGCGAUGCGGGAGAGUUGCACGUCUCGUGGAGCACCGUCCUGCGGGAGUCGCAGACCAUUCUGCUCCUGACGUGA